AUGAGAGAGAAACACGGUCGAUCGAAUAUGUUGAAUCUGUUCGGUAACAAGAUGAUGAUGGAAAACGGCGAGAGUGUGCAUGAAGGAUCAAGCAGAUCCAGGAUGGAGCAACUGGCACUGCGGGUCCUCGUCGAGGACAAGCAGGAAGUCUCGAGAGGGACGCUUCCGUCCGCGAUGGCCUCGAUCACAAUGGUGCGUGAGAGGGAUAAAGGGGUGUUAGAUAGUGUGCCAAUGAACGUUUUCACAAAACAUGAUCUUAAAGUAUCGCUUCCUUCCGUUUUCCUAUGUUUCACCGUAACGAUUUCCGUUUCGCCUCUCUGUGCCGAAGAGAGACUGAAAUUUCGCCAUCUUUUAUUUCGCCGUUUCGCUCGUUUCGUACUAGUGAAGCUAUUUCAUUUCCGUACCACGUGAUCUCUUCCAACGAGAUGAAAAAAAAAAAACGUAUCGAGUGAAGUAGGAAAGAAGAUAAGAGAUAAAAAGAAAAAAGAACAUUUAACAUCAGCAUCGUACGACAAUAACUUGAAUUCUUCUCAGAUUCAGAGUGUCUGCUGCGAAAAUUCUCAGGUGAACAGCGCGAUAUCAAAGAUUGACCGAGGGUUGCGAGCCUAG